GCGCAUCUCUUCAACCCGACGCAUUCGCUCUCCAGUUGGGCCCACGGACGCACGCUCCACUGCGAACCACAUCAACGCCUGCGCAUCUCCUCGAGAACGAGCUCGAGCUCUCAAGCCCUCGUCGACUCGUCCCUUUGCACCCUGGUUCCCUCGUUGUCCGCUGAUCCCCCUCCCCUCGUCCUGCAUCAUCACUAGAACGCACGCGCGCUCAACCUCUCGUCCUCACGUCACCUUCUCCCCUCGUCCUCUUUCCUCUUUCCUCAUUGUCCUCUCGUACCUGCGACCCCUCAACCCUUGACCCCGGGGACAAGAUGGAUGAGGACCUGGCGCAGGACUUUGUUGUGAAGUUUGGGGGCAUGCAUUAUUCGUUGUCAGGCCAAACUUCUACGCAGGGAGCUGCUUGUAAGACACGUCCAGGUUUGAUAUCUCAGGUUCAGCCUUCACGAUGAUCUUACGCAACUCGACCGACUCGUUCGUGUUGAAGCCGUUUUAAGGCCAUAGAAUGCCAUUGUUCAGGCUCAGGUAUCUUCAAGACCGUUGCGGCACCGCAUGCCUCUGUUCGCGCCGGCCGGCGACGUGCAACCUCAGCUGGAUCCUUGGAAACCUACCCGAUCACCGCCCAACUCAACGAUGCCCUUUCCGAGAUCGUGGCCAGCCUUGGUCGCGCCCGACUGUGGACGGUAUCAUGCAUCCGACCGACUCUGGCUGUCCAACUUGUUCAACAAAUGCUGGGUAAAAGCCCAGAUCCGGUCGCUGUUACUUCCACACAUGGUCGCGCGGAGGGGGACAGAUCCCAAGAUGGACUUCGAACACUUGCAGUUUUGCGACCGCUAGGUGAGAAGGACAUUUACCUACUUUCGAAGCUGAUUCAGCGGACGGCUGUCACAAGAUAACAAAAGCGAGGCUAUUGCCACCUGUGCCAAGUUCUCAUCAGCAUGACGCCUUGCUCUCUUUCUCCAAACCUCUGCUCUCGGCAGACGCGCUGAUAGAAUGAAUCAACGGCAAAUGUCAACUUCUGGCAGAUCAAGAAGAGAAGGGGCAAAGUAGUCCACGAGUGUGACCAUGUUGACCAGUGCAGACGACCAAAACACGCAGUCUUUUUAUAUGCCGUCCUC